CUUCGAAGAAUGCAUAAGCCAUCGCCCGCAUAUUCGAUAUCGACUCUUCCCCCUCUCUCCCUCACCAAAUCCUAUCGAACCUGCCCAAUCAUACGGCGCAAUGUAGCGCCCAGCAGCAGAGACCAGCAUGUUAUUCAGGUUCCGUUGUCCGACUCUGCUUCCCAGAGUGAGAACCACUGCUAGGUCUUCAAAACGUGAUUGCCUAACGAUAGAACCGAAGGUCACAGACUGGAAAGAAAGGAUAAUAUAACUAGUAGAGCAGAGCCUGACAGAAGCCCCUCCUCUUUCAACUCUCCUCAGUCCAAGCACAACCUUUGAAAAAGCCAGUCAACUCCAUAGCCAACUCACUCAAUAUCCAUAUACCCCCUUCUCCACCUCCAAAAGGUCUCAUCGACUUCACCGCAAACCACAUCUCAACCAUGGGCGUUGCCAAAAUCAUCGGCAAAAUCAUCAUCAUCCCCAUCCUCUUCUGCAUCUUCGUCGGAUGCCUCAUCUACUUCCUGAUUAAGUACCGUCGGGACCGCAAGCGCGAGAAACAAGAGGACCAGGCCCGUGCCCAGCACUUCCAGCAGCAGCAGCAGUACGUCCAGUAUCAGACGCAGCAGGUGGUGGCGGCACAGUACGGACAGUCGCCCUACUAUUAUCAAGCGCAUGGCACCGACCUCCCGGUGAAACAGGCUGAACAGGUGGUUUAUCCGGUACAGGCUCAUACGGGAACGGAGAGGGUUUGAGAAGGACUGGUGUGGCCGGUCGAGUUGGGAGAGAAGCAGGAGGGAGGAGGAGGAAGAGGAGGAGGAGAAGAAGAAGAAGGGGAUUUUUGCUCAUUUCUGCGGGUCUAGGUUGGUUGGUUUUGUUGUUGUUUUAAUACCUACUUAUUUCUUGCUUUGGGCGGAGUGUGGAGGGUUAUAAUAUGGCUUCCGAAUUUCGAUUCGGGGAGGAUGGCCUGUGUUUACUUUUGACUGCGUUUGUUCAGUAUGUUUCGCUGCUGCUAAUGUGCAUGAGAUAUGAAUUUGUAUACCUCGAGUCGUCGUUCGAUGUGACCGCCAAUGCGGAAUGAAGAUCUCUGGCAAUGUUUCCACCUGUCGUGGUCUCAGUCACGUAUCCGACAACAAAGGCUUCCAGUCCAUCCCACUUCAUUGCCCUUUCGUCUAGGUACCUGUUGACCAAGAAUCAAUUUAG